AUGUCUUGCGAGAAGAACCGGAAGCUCAGAGCCGAAACAGCCACGAAGCGUCGACGUUUAGACAGCACGAAAGUGACACUACCACAAGAGAAAUCAAUGGAAAGACCGAAUGUUGUUGACCUUACAACUGAAGACAAGCAGCAAGAAGAAAAUCAAGAUCAAGCAAGUCACGGCAAACACGUUGAUUCGCUAAAAGUCCCGGUACAUUUGGAAUCAGAUGAUUAUUUUCAGAUUCUGUGUCUCUCGCAGUCGGCAUCUGACUCAGAUGUGAAGCGUGCAUACCGAAAAUUGGCAGUACAAUGGCAUCCGGACAAGAAUCGCUCGAAUCCACGGGCUGAAGAGAUAUUUAAGAAAAUUAGCGAAGCCUAUGAAGUACUGAGCGAUAUCAAGAAACGCCAACAUUAUGAGCAAUACGGGAAAGCAGGACUACAGAAUGGAGCGCCUCAAACGACGGAACAUUAUGGAUUUCAUGGUCACACUGGAGGAUUUUCAGCUCAACGUGCUCGAGACAUUUUUGAGUCCUUUUUUGGAGGGGAAGAUCCAUUUGAAGCAUUUUUUGGAGAUAGACGACAACGUCGUGGAUCGAAACGAUUUGGAAACGACCCAUUUCAGUCGAUGGGUUUUGGUGGGAUGGAAAUGGGUAUGAAUAUGCGAGGGUUUGGACAAGUGAGUGGAAUGUCGAUGAUGAAUCAGUUUUUCAAGGACGAUUUUGCGAGAGGACAUGGAUCGAGUGGUGGAAUGUUUACUACAAGUACGAGCUCGUCGUCCUCUAUGUUUACGGAUCAAAAUGGUCAUGUAAUUCAACAAAAGACGACAACAACUACGGGACCAGAUGGUCGGGUGGAGACCAUUACGGAGGAAUAUCGAAAUGGCGAGCUGAUAAGGUCAACGUCGUCGGCUACUAAUAGUCGUUUAUCAGAUACUGGACGAAUGCAAAUUGAAGGAAAUUUGAACACUGCCAAGAGCAGCUAUCAACGUCUUCGAUCAAGCACCUCACGUCCCAAGUAUUAA